GAAAAUAAAUAAAAAUAUAAAAAAAAGGAACGAGACACGAACAGCGACUGAAAUAGCGGUUAACUGCGCUCCCUUACGGCGAAUCGUUGAAAUUCAAGACGGAUCGCUAUCGCAUUUCUUCAAUUAUGUCUGUUUCGCUUUUCAUUCCGCUGCAGUAAGCGAUCGCGCGAAGGAGCACCAAUACAGAGAGCGAGAUUUGAAGAGAGAGAGAGAGAGAUAGAGAGUGCGCUCCCAAUUGACGACUCCACUCCCACACACACUUAACCCCGCCCCCUCGCACCCGUAAUUACUAUGGAUUGUGGUGGUAUUGCGGCACAUCAGCAACAACAACUACAACAGCAACAACUGCACUUACUCCAGCAACAGCUACAACAACAACACCACCAGCAGCAGCGGCAACAACAACAGCACAGCCUCGAGGAAGCAGCAACAAUAACAAAUAUCAACCUAAGGGGCAUCUUGGUCGGCGGCGCUGCCAGCGGCGCAGGAGUAGCAGGAGCAGCGGCUGGUGGUGCGACGACGACGACGACGACCGCCGCUGGCUUCGUGGCUGGUGGAGAUUGCCCUGUGAUCGGCGCCGGUGCUGGCGCUGGCGUCAAGCUGCGCAGGCACAGCGAUCGUCCCCUGACGCCGGAGGCCAAGCAGCUCUCUCACACAUACCGCAUCUCGAUGGCCAACCUGGAGGAUUCGCAGGAGUCGGAGCUGGACCAGAUCCUGGGCGAGCUGAGUCUGCUGGAGGCGCAAAUUAGCUACACCGAGGCCUCCAUGCUGCCCGCCAUGUGUGCUCCAAGUGCGGGCGCUCAGAUAGCACCGCCACCGGGAGUGACCCAGCUGCCGGGCAGUGCUCCAUCGAUGGUCUCCAUGUCGGCAGCAUCCUCGCGUUCCCAUUCGCGCACCAAUAGCACCAUCUCAGCAGACGUAAGCAGCUGCUCGUCGUCGGGGAUCUCGGAGAAUGGACACGGACUGGGAAUGGGAAUUGGCGGGCCCGGGUCGGCCGGAAUGAUGGUGCAGCCACCGCCACCGGGCGGCAUGACCAUGGGAAUAACGCUGGGUGUUGUCACGCCCCGCGAGCCGCGCACCGAAUCGCCAGACAAUGAUUCCGCUUUCAGCGACACCGUUUCGCUGCUGUCCAGCGAGUCGUCGGCCUCCUCGAACACAUCCCUGCAGCAGCAGCAGCAGCAACAACAGCACCAACAGCACCAGCAGCAGCAGAAACAACAGCUGGCCGGCGCGGAGAAACUACACCACGGCGUCCAUGGGCAGCACGGUGGCCAGCAGAGUGGCGCCAACAGCAUCACGAAGGCGGACAAGAUCCAGUUGGCACUGCAUAAGCUGGAAAGCGCCCCCAUCCGUCGCCUGUUUGUCAAGGCCUUCACCUCCGACGGUGCCUCCAAAUCACUGCUGGUUGAUGAGCGCAUGGGCUGUGGUCAUGUAACGCGACUUUUGGCCGACAAGAACCACGUGCAAAUGCAGUCCAACUGGGCGUUGGUCGAGCACUUGGGCGAUCUGCAGAUGGAACGCCUCUUUGAGGACCACGAGCUGCUGGUGGACAACCUGAUGACGUGGCACUCAGACGCCGGCAACCGAGUGCUCUUUCAACAGCGUCCGGACAAGGUGACGCUUUUCCUGCGGCCGGAGCUCUACUUACCCGGACCCCAGAUGGCGCCCGGAUGCCAGCAUGACGAGCAGACGCGGCAGAUGCUGCUCGACGAGUUCUUCGAUUCGCACAACCAGCUCCAGAUGGACGGACCGCUUUACAUGAAGGCGGACCCAAAGAAGGGCUGGAAGCGAUAUCAUUUCGUGUUGCGCUCCUCGGGCCUCUACUACUUCCCCAAGGAGAAGACCAAGAACACGCGCGACCUGGCCUGCCUGAAUCUGUUUCACGGCCACAACGUGUACACUGGAUUGGGCUGGCGCAAGAAGUGGAAGUCGCCGACUGACUACACCUUUGGCUUCAAGGCGGUGGCGGACUCUUCGCUGGGCAAGUCGUGUCGCUCCCUCAAAAUGCUGUGCGCCGAAGACCUGCCGACGCUGGACCGCUGGCUGACGGCCAUCCGCGUCUGCAAGUACGGCAAGCAGCUGUGGGACAGUCACAAAUCGCUGCUCGAGGAUCUCUGCCUGAGCCGCGACGAUGCCGUCUCGCAGUCGAGCUUUGCGGCCUCCAUGCGCAGCGAGUCCAUCUCGAGCAUCUCCUCGGCGGUUCCGUCGCAGUGCGGCAGUGUUUCCUCGGCCAUCAGCAGCAUGUCCAACUCGACUAGCGGCCGCACAUCGCGCGCCUCCAGCAGCAGCUCCAGUGGCUGCCUCUCGGACGACAACAACGCCUUCGACUCCGAGUUCACCACUGGCACCAUUAAGCGCAAGCCCUCGAUGAAGCCCAAUCUCCCGCUGACCACGAUGACACGCCAGCUGAAGGAGGUGGGCGAGAUCACCAUCUGUGAGAGCGCAGGUGGCGAUGCCAGUUCCCCGGAGCGCAGUGGUACUCUAACGCGCCGCCAUAGUCGUCGCAAGUCGCAGGAGAGCAACGGCAGCGGCACGCUAAAGCGCCGCCCGAUUGCCGUGCCGGUGGCCACUGUUGUCAAGCAGACGGAGCCAAUGGGCAGCGCCUCGUCGACGUCGUCCAGCAGCAACUCUACGCCCACGCCCACACCCAGCAUAUGCGCCAAACCGCCGCCAGGCGAUUCGGCCUCGCUGAUGUGUUCGUCUACCCUGUCUUUGGACUCGCUGCCUCCGCCACCUCCGCCGCCCGCUUUAGAUGGGUCGGAGGAUCAGGAUGUGUACGGGUCACAGCUGUCGCUGGCCUCACUGCCACCACCGCCUCCGCCUGAGGAUGUGCUGGCAAUGAACUAUGCAGAACCCUCCAGUCCGUCUACGCCCACACCAAUGAGCACUGCAAUGAUCAUGCCCAACAGCAACGGAUCGUUGCCCCCGGCGGUGCCGGCCAAGCCCAUGAAGCCAGCAGUGAAGCAGGCGGCGGGCGGUCUCAAGGCCGCGCCACCAUACAAGGCGCCGCCGGAUUACGUGGGCCCAGCCCUGCUGCCUGGGCCGCCAUUGCCGCCGCCGCCUCCCGCCCAGAAAAAGGUCUCGUUCGCAGACUCUCCGGUGCUGCUGCGUCGCAAGAUGUGCUCACCGGAACCCGUGCUGCCCCAGCGAUCGCCCAGCACCACGCUCAGCUGUCAUUCCAGCUCCAGUGCAGGAUCGGCCUACCAGACCUACGCGCCCGGGCCUAUGUUGCCGCCGCGUGCUGAUGUGGCGCGCCUGUCCAGCCUGAGUAACGGCAGCAGCAGCGAGGUGACCUCGCCCAAGCGCCUGCAGGAGUCGGCCUCGAAUCCGCCCCGCGACUUUCUCAAGGAUCUGCAGCGCGUGAUGCGCAAGAAAUGGCAGGUGGCUCAAAAGUGCAAGGCGGAGCCAGCGACGACGCCGCAUGAGGUCCUGGGCUUCCGGGACUUUAGCAACGAGGACCUUCUGGCCGCCCACAACCUCAACUCUGGGGCCAACUCCUCGCACUACUACCGCGAGACGGCCAACGUGAGCCACUGGGUGAGGAAGCACUACGAGUAUGCCCACAAUGCGCUCUACGAGAACGUGCACGCCCAGGCGGCGGCGGGAGUGCCUGGGAGUGGAGAAGCCACCACGCCUCCGCUCCCACCUCCGCCUGGUAAUUCAGUGGCAGCUAAAAAACGUCCGCCGCCGCCGCCUCCGAAGCGGAGCGACAAGACGCACCUGACCAACCGGGUUUAAUGGCAUCGCAGGAGAAGAGUGAAACCGCUUGCUUACCGAGAUCCUCGUUCUCCAAAGGAAGGAUUUUCGUACAGGAUCACAGUUAUGCACUCGUCUGAAAGAAAGCAGAGAAAAGAAUCUUACAAAUUCCUAUUUAAGUCCAGGCGACAGCGGAGCGAGAUGGAAAACCACUAAUUAAAACAUACAUAUAUAUUUUCCUAGAAUAUGCUAUGGCCACGCCCACUUCUCUCACAAAAGUAUUACACAUCAUGGAGAAUCAAACUGUUGAACUUGAUCGCAGUUCGGAGUCAAACCACGUCAAAAGUGUCAACAAGAGAGUUUUCAAAUUUCCAAUGGCAGGCGUCCACAAAGAACCUUUUUGCUUUUAAUUGUAUAUCUAAAUUGAAAACCUCGUCUUGUAUAUUUUUAAAAACCUUUAAUUUUAAGAAUACCUUUACCAGAGUCAAUAGUUUCGAGUAUCUCCCCUAACAUAUUUUUGUUGGCACUCUUGACUUGGUUUGAUUCAUCAUCUAUAUUUUAAUUUUGAAAAUCAAAAAACUUCUGCGGUACUCGCCUGCGGAAUUAAAUGCGAAAUGCAAAAUAGGAAUUCUGGCAUUAGUAAAAAUAUUUAAGAUACAUUUUAGUUUGUAAAAAGGAAAAAUGCAUUUUAGGAACGAUAGUGCAUUAUUUAAAGAACACUAAAUUAGCGCUAGAUAAGUGUACAAUGUUUUUAUAUAUACAUGCACUCUUUUAAUUGUUUAGUUGCUCGUAGUAUUGAUUUUAUACAUUAUCUAUUUUUUUUGCGAUUAUCUUUGUAACGGUAGAGUGAACGUUUUGUGAGCGCAUGAAAUGCGCUGCGCUAGCAAAAGGAAAUGCCUUAUAAAGCAUAUUAACCUAAAAAGGGGAAGCCCUGCAUAAACACCUAAUAUACAUACAUAAAUACACACAUAGGUCAUAUACCUAUGUUGAUCUAUCCAAAUGAUUUGCUGUUUAAAGCGAUACUAUUCUCAUUUUCGAAAUUUGUAAUGCCACUCUGAUUGUUCAGUUUAAGAAACCAAAUGCUUAGUUUCAAAAGAUUUGUCAAGUUCCUCAAUAGUGUUAAAGUUGUAUUUCUCUUUGUGCUUGGAAAAGCAGACAGAUCGGCCAUAGAAUGCAAUUUGUAUGUGCAAAUCAAACUAUUUAUAUUGAAGGCAAUAGGAGAAAAUGGAGCUAAUUCUGUACACAAAUCAAAUAUGUAUUCAUAUAGUAACUGUAAUUGUAAUAAUAUAUAAAUUAAUAUACUUGGCAACAUUUCGUUUGCGAAUUUUGUUUUUCAGCAUAUAAUUUUUGAAGCGUUCCUAUAGGUUCAAUUUUUAUAUGCAUACAUUAUUAACAACUUUCGGCUAAGCUAAAUGGCUUUUGAUUCUAUAUAAUCGAUGCAAUAAUCGAACCGAUUUGUUUAGCAAACCUAUCCCCAAGCGAUAGAAUGUCAUUUAUCGAUUGUGUAUUGAUUGUAAUUUGUACUUUGUAAUUGUUUUUGUGUAGUAACUUGUUUGCCAUUUGUUUUGUGUGUAUGUUUGUGUACAGCCAGAAACAGCCAUAUAUGUAUAUCCAUAACUAUAGGAACAUAUAUGUACGUGCAUGUGUGCAUUUGUGUCAGGCACGCCAGUAAAUCAGCUUAGAAAUGUCCUUGCUGCAUAAAUUGCACGAAUGCAUAUAUGAUUCUGUACUAUAUGAGGUUUUGUUACGUUUACACCGGCUUGUGUGCUGCGAUCAAGUAGUGAUCGGAAUCCAUCGACUAAACUUCAACUUCGCCUUCUCUCUCCAGCCAUCCUAGAAGUGUUCGGACUCCAGUCCCCCAGAUACCCUGCAUCCGCCAGAUAAGCCUGCUUUUGUUGCCCAUCCCGUGUCACAGCUAGAUAGAUCCCUCCCUGCGCGAAUAUGUGGAAACGUUCGUUUCCGUAAACAAGAAUCUAAGUUGGGUGUUAUUAGGGUGAAAUUGCAUUUUACUUUCCUACAUAUACAACACUAAAGGGUAUUAUGCAUAUAGAUCUAGAUGUAAACAUACUUAAAUAAAGGAAAUGCCAAUUUUUUAAAGCUUGAAUUUAUACGAACAUAUUUUUUAGAAACUAUACGCUAUAUAUAUAUAUAUUAUAUAUGGUAGGAACACAAGGAUGUGCCAUAGGCGCCGUCGUCGUGUCGAAACAAAAAAAAGGGAUCGGAAAACCCGCAACGUUUUUUGCUAAGAGUGUAUUGAAAUCUAAAAAGAACCUAGUCAUUAAGUCCACGAUAAAAAGAAAGUACAUUAAAAGCUAAAUCAAUUUAUAUAAAAUGACACGCAUAUACACAAAUGUAUGUUAUUAACGGCAAAAGAUAAAUCUAGAAACCUGAAUCUAGAAACUUACUCCAUGCUUUAGCUACAGAAGGCAUUUUAAAUCAUUUUUGUUUGCCAUCUUUUACACUUGAUUUGUUUCCGUUGUUUCCGUUUUGUUUGCUUACACGUUUCGAACUGAAUGUAUAAACAAUUUAGUAAUGCAGUGAAUUAAAGCGCGGUUCAACUAAAAGAACAGAAAUCAAACACAGAACAGAAUCCUAAUUAUGCUAAAUAAGCAAAUAAGCAAACUCGUAUAUUGCAGCCCAAACUAAAACUAAAUGAAAAAGACUACUUACUCACUGGAGGUGGAUUAAAUAAGUAAGUUAAUUACUAUAUCGCCGACACAUUCAGAAAUCAUUCAUAUGCAUUAACUACAAAUUUACAAGUACAGCAGCGGAAAACUACGACAUCUAACUAAUGAAAUCAAAGGAAAAUUCAAUCUAAUAAGUAAAACCAGAAAUUCUUUGCAGGGCUAUUAUAUAGUGAACAAUGUUGCCAUUUGAUACCACUUUUUUCCACAAAUAAAACACAUUUGAUAUGAAAAUAUAUAUUACUAUAUAUACCUUAUAUUCCGCAUCAAAUGGAAUUUUUUGUAAUUUUGAUAGAAACAUUCAAAACGUAAUUAAAUCGAAAGCGAGCAACAAAAACUGUGCGAAUGAAACGUGUUACGAAAACUAUGAAAAAUAAAUGCGAGAAAUGCCUAAGAAAAAUUUGAACUAAA